CCCACUCCAGUUGCUCCAACUGGCAACGACAUAAACAUAUACCAGAUUUCAAAAUUUUACACGAAACCCAGCCAACUCUUGUACCUACAAAAUGACAUGGGGACCACGGGAAGAGGGUCUGCGGCAGCUCCUCCCGAUCCUCAAGAACUCGCAGUUACCAGACACCGCCACGCAGAUUGCUGUACAAUCGAAACUGGAGGAGUGCAAUCACUAUCCGGACUUCAACAACUAUCUCGUCUAUGUACUAACUAAACUGAUAACGGAAGACGAGCACACUCGCGCGAUGAGUGGGCUGGUCCUCAAGAACAACAUCCUUACGCACGGCAGCAAUCUGCAGCCGGAGAUCGUGGAGUACAUCAAGCACGAGUGCCUACAGGCAGUGGGCGACUCUUCGCCCCUGAUACGAGCUACCGUGAGCAUCCUGAUCACCACCAUUGCCAGCAGUGGAGGGCUGCACAACUGGCCGCAGCUGCUGCCGUCGCUGUGCGACAUGCUGGACUCCCAGGACUACAACGUAUGCGAGGGAGCCUUCAGCGCACUGCAGUUGAUCUGCGAGGACUCCGCGGGCAACCUAGACUCCUCUGGACUCAACUGGCCGCUCAACAUGAUGAUUCCCAAGUUCCUGAAGUUCUGCAGGCACAACAGUCCCAAGAUUCGCUGUCACGCCAUUGUCUGCUUCAACCAGUUCAUCAUAAAGAGGUCACUAACUCUCACGCAAGACAUAGACAGCUUUCUCGAGAACCUUUUCCAUUUAUCCUCGGACGAGGACCACGAGGUGCGCAAGAACGUCUGCCAUGGAUUGGUUAUGCUGCUGGAGGUGCGCAUGGACCGCCUUAUGCCGCACAUGUCCCAGGUCAUAGAGUACAUGUUGCAGCGCACCCAGGACGCCGAUGAGGCCGUGGCCCUGCAGGCCUUUGAGUUCUGGCUAUCGCUGGCGGAGAAGAGCGACUGCAAGGAUCUGCUUGCUCCUGUUCUGUCCCGGCUAGCACCAGUUCUUGUACGUGGCAUGCGGUACUCUGAGCUCGAGAUCAUUCUUCUCAAGUGCGACGAAGAAUCGGAUUAUAUGGUGCCAGAUCAAGAGGAGGAUAUAAGUCCGCGCUUUCACAGGUCUCGCAUGCAUGUUGUAAACGAUGAAUUGGACGAAGAACCGGAUGACAAUAAGUCGCUUUUGCAGUGGAACCUGCGCAAGUGCAGUGCGUCUGCCCUCGACGCGCUAGCCAGAGUUUUCCGUGAAGAUUUCUUGCCCGUUGUGCUGUCCAUUUUAAAGGAAACGUUGUUCCACCAAGAAUGGGUGAUUAAGGAGAGCGGUUUGCUGGCCCUGGGAGCCAUCUCCGGCGGCUGCGUGGAGUGCAUGGUUCGGCAUAUGCCAGAGCUGAUGCCCUACCUGAUAUUCUGUCUGUCCGACAAGAAGGCGCUGAUACGCUCCAUUGCUUUUUGGACGAUCUCACGGUACGCCAAUUGGGUGGUGAGCCAGCCGCACGACCAGUACUUGAAGCCGCUUCUGAAGAAGGUGCUGAAGCACAUUUUAGACCCCAAUAAGCGCGUCCAGGAGGCUGCGUGCUCUGCCCUUUGCGUUUUGGAGGAGGAAGCUUGUACGGAUCUGGUGCCCUACUUGGAGUACAUUCUUAAGACGCUCGUAUUGGCCUUCUCUAUGUAUCAGCACAAGAAUCUGCUGAUUCUGUAUGAUGCAGUCGGUACCUUGGCUGAUGCCGUGGGUCACCACCUGAACAAGCCGCAGUACACUGACAUCCUAAUGCCGCCGCUUAUAGACAAGUGGAACCUGGUUAAGGACGACGACAAGGACCUGUUUCCGCUGCUGGAGUGCCUAUCAAACAUCGCCACUGCCUUGCAAUUCGGGUUCUUUGCCUACAGCGAACCGGUCUUUCGGAGAUGCGUCUUCCUCAUUGAGCAGGCCAUCAACCAGGAAAUGCUGUGCAAACAGAACCAAAUGGUUGAUCAGCCGGACAAAGAUCGGAUUGUUGUUGCCCUAGACCUGCUGUCCAGCCUAGCAGAGGGUUUAAAUCUCCACAUCGAGGCAAUGGUGGCGAAAAGCAACAUCAUGCAUCUACUCUUAAAGUGCAUGCAGGACUUGUUGCCGGAGGUGCGCCAAUCUUCGUUUGCCCUGCUAGGCGAUCUGACCAAAGCCUGCUUCCACCACGUUCACCCCUUCAUGGCCGAGUGCUUUCCCAUCUUGGUGCAGAAUCUAAACCCAAAUUUCAUUUCGGUGUGCAAUAAUGUCAUCUGGGCCAUGGGCGAGAUUUGCAUAAAACUGGGUGAAGAGACCAAGCAGUACGCAGGCCUGGUACUUAGCGAUCUGAUCAUCAUCAUCAACCGCCCAAACACGCCCAGAAGUGUCCUGGAGAAUGCAGCAAUAACAAUCGGUCGUCUAGGUUAUGUGUGCCAAGCAGAAGUAGCUCCUCAUUUGCCAUCAUUUUUACGACACUGGUGCACAACGUUGCGCUGGGUUAAAGACAAUCAAGAGAAGUAUUCGGCCUUUCUUGGAAUGUGUCAUAUGAUAACGGUGGACAUAGCCGUCGCGGUGCCAGAGUUCAUAUUUUUCUGCGAUGCAGCUGCCUCGUGGAUUGAUCCCCCACAGGAUCUGCGACUGGCAAUUCAGAGGGUGAUUCAUGGUUUCAAGUUCCACGUGUGUGAGCAAAACUGGUCUCGCUAUGUAGAUCAAUUUCCGAAAGUUUUGGUUGACCGCUUGAUCGACUUGUACAACAUCUAAGAUCAGGAACAUCUUAUUUGUAGCCUGUUACAAAUUCUAAUUUUCUAACUGUAAGCAAAUGGAAAACAAAGAAGAUUUUUUCAACAAGUUAAUGAAUGACGAAACAGGGCAUACACAUGGAAAAAAUCAAAAAAUAUUUCUGCACAAUUAUGUACAAAGAACGUAUUUCUAAUGGUUUUUACAAUAAAUUAACAUUGUCAAAUAACAGCAAUUAAUAAUGUAUACACAAUAUUAACGAACGAAAGUCUUUAACUAAGGGUCUUGUAAAGCUCUUUUGAAUUUAUCCCAAAUACCUGAAAAUAUUACGAAAAACAAAAUCAA